AUGCUCAUUUUUACAAAAAAUAUCGUUUUCUCUGAGGCUUACCGAGACGAUAGGAACUCACCGUACACCAUUAUACAGGGUCGUAACGAGGUAUAUUUUUUCGUCGCUGAUCCCGUAUUUUUACGCAAAUUUUUAAUCCCUGAUCCCAAAAGUGAUGAAAAUUUUGAUCCCUGAUCCCACAAAAUCUAGACGCCUGAUCCUUGAGCCCAUGGAAAACACGCUGAUCCCGAUCCCGAGGGCUUUGAUCCCGGAUCCGAGGCUGUGAUCCCUGAUCCCACCCUUUUUUAGGCCUUUGAUCCCUGAUCCCAUAUACCUCGUUACGACCCUGAUUAUAGACCGCGUGCGUACUGACGAGAUUAUUACUGAUGCUUGCGGUUGAGAUCUUACAAGCUCUCUCAAGAGGAAGCGGAUAGAAUUGAACGACUGUUGAAAGGUGGCGAUAAUAGUGACAUCGACUCUGACGACGAACUCGUCGAAAAUGAAGAAGUGUCCGAUGAGGAUUCGUUUGUGAUGAACCUCCCAAACAUGUAUUUGUCAGCACCAGGUCGCGGCUUUCAUCAACACGCUUACAGCUGUUUUGAUAUGUAA